AUGAUAUUUCCGGCGGUCACUUCUUUGGAUUGGAACCGCACUGGAUCAGUUUUGGCGACUGGUUGUUUUGACGGCGCAGUUAGGCUCUGGACGCAGACAGGUUUUUCAUUCAGUCUUUGAACUGGAAGCAAAAUAAGCGAAAUAUGCUAUUAAGGACAUCUUCGCAACACUUUGGAAGCGCAGAAGGGACCAAUUUCGGCGCUUCGAUGGAAUUAUAAUGGAGAUUAUCUCAUAUCUUCAAGUGUGGACAAGUCUGUUGUUGCUUGGGAUUUGAGAAACACCACGGGUGAGAAAUUCCCUUCAGUCUUCAAUAAGAAAAAUUGUCCUGCACUUGCAACUGACCUGCUUCAGUCGGACCAAAAAGCAACGAUUCAGUUUUAGCAAGCAAGGCGGCGAUCGCUCAGCAGUUCUCGGUUCAUAAUACUUCUGUGGUGGACAUCUCUUGGGUUUCCUACGACUCUUUCAUUUCAUGCUCAACCGACAAAACUAUCAAACUUUGUGAAAUCGGAAUGGAAGGCUCGCGGAAGACCUUCUUAGGACAUACAGACGAUAUCAACGCCGUCUCUUACAAUCAUAACUGCAAUCGUUUUGCUUCUUGUUCGGAUGACCGAACGGUCAAGGUAGGAGAGUUGAUCAGAUGAAAUUUCGAACUUGCUCUUUCAACUUUGGGGCACGGGGCUAUUUUUUUAAUGUUCUCAGAAGUUGAAAUUGCGGAGAAGCUCAACCUGAAUCGCCGUCAGUGUAUUUUUGAGUUAGUGGCUCAAAACGGAAAAUAGAAGCUUCAAAAAACCGAUAAACUUUUUUUUCGCAUUGAUAACGCAUGAAAAGUUCUCUCAGGCUGUGCUGAUAAGAAAGGUCGUCUUACAAUUACCUUCAAAGUUCUUGAGUCACAUAAAACCUAUCUCCAUAUUUUGAUCCAACUGAACAUUCCAGAUUUGGUCUGUGAAUGAAUCUUUUCCUGUAGCUGACUUAACGGAUCAUACGCUAGAGAUCUAUUCGAUGCGUUGGAACCCGCAAGGAACUAACAUUGCCAGGUAUUCUCAAUUCAGAAGGGUUUUACAAAGAUCAAAGCUUUGAAGUGCUUCUUUUGAUACCACAGUCAAGCUGUGGGACGUUCAAAGACAGAACUGUCUGCACACGUGGGAGAAUAUCGGGAAGCCGUCGCAGUGCGUCGCUUUCUCGCCUGAUGGAAAGUACAUGUGUAUCGGAGGCAGCUGCCGCUCGCUUUUUAUUUACGAUCUGAGGGUUUUCAAUGCAAAAAGUAAAAUUAACAUCAGAAGUUUCCAGAGCUAUACCUUGGUCAAAACUUUUAUAACUGAAAACGCAUUGACCGGAUUCAGCGAAGUUUGCUGGAACGUGAGUGGAGAAAAAUUGACGGGAAUUUGCAGUGAUGGAUCGGUUUGCCCUUCUCGAGGAUUGAAGAUUGAUUUUUAUGUUUCAGAUCAUGCUUUUCGACACGCGGUUUCUGGGACUUAUCCGCUAG